AUGUACUCUUCAUGUGUGAUGGUCACUUGUACAUCUUCAUUUGGCAUGUUCCUGCAUCAAGAGAAGCAAGCGAACUAUCCCGACGAUGUCCCAUAUUCUAUGGGAAUGUCUUCGUGUUGUGGUUUGAUGACGAGAAGCAGUGUUUGCUCGAACCGAUACAUCAGCACCUGGACCGGGGUCCAAGGAGAGAAGAAAGCGAUACUCGCUCUUCGCCUAGCGUCAGAACCACCUCGUUUUAGGGUGGUGGUUGGGUCUUGUCUGGUCAUCGUUGCGAACUUUUUCCGUGGAUUUGGCCCCGACCUGUCUAACAUUGUGAUGGCUGUUCACGACUGUUUCUUCCACCUUGUCGAGUGGAUUGAAUACGAUGAGACAGAACCCAAAUGGGAGGUCAUUUGGAAGGUCAAGUCCGUCUGUUCUGGUGCCAUGAUUGACUUUGCUGACGAUAAUAAGCAGACUUGUGUAUCGCAGCUUGAAGGAGAAGGGUGCAUUGUAUGGAGAGAGGUUUUGUCUUCAUUUUAUGACAUCUUUACUUACUGCGAAUGGCCUGAUCUUAGCGGGCUGUCGAACCCGCCUUCCUGCGCCGUUUCCAGCCACUCUCCGUCCAAUCGAUAUCAUUAUGCCAGAAAGAUGCCUGCCUCUAAGAACAACCAAGCAGCAGAGCUACUAACAGCUUUGCAACAUGUCGAACGAAGCGAACCAGAACGGGCACAGACAAUAGCUGUCAUUGAACAGUUGGUUAGGUUACAACAAGAUGUCGCACCUCCUACAUCAAGAUCCGAUAUGUGCAAUGGGUACCGUCAACUAUCCUUUACCUAUUCUUCCUGGGCCCCUUCAGCAAGUCAACCACAUCGUGUCGAUGAAGUCUCUUUGAGACCCCCGAACAACAUGGACGAUGACGGCAGAACCAAGAAGGUCGGGGCCACGAGCAACAAGCGGCUCCGCGAUGAAGACGACAGCGAAGACGGCGACAACAGCAAAGAACAGAACCAACAACUCAGCAAGAGACCAAGGACAGAUGACGAGACAGUCGAGGAGAAGAAUGGAUACAUCUCAGCUCUCUGA